CCGAGCUUCCGUCCGGUUUCCGCGGAGCUCGAGCGUGAGGCGGUACGGAGACAGAAAAGAGCCCUGCUCUUGGUCACCCUCCACUGGCCUCAUGGCUUCCAUGCAGAUGGAUCCUGAGUUAGCCAAGCAACUCUUCUUUGAAGGAGCCACUGUGGUCAUUCUGAACAUGCCCAAGGGGACAGAGUUUGGCAUUGACUACAACUCCUGGGAGGUGGGGCCCAAGUUCCGGGGUGUAAAGAUGAUCCCCCCUGGCAUCCACUUCCUCCACUACAGCUCUGUGAACAAGGCCAAUCCUAGGGAGGUGGGCCCUCGAAUGGGCUUCUUUCUUAGCCUGAAGCAGCGGGGGCUGACAGUCCUGCGCUGGAAUGCCAUUCAGGAAGAGGUAGACUUGUCUCCAGCUCCAGAAGCGGAAGUAGAAGCUAUGAGAGCCAAUCUCCCGGAGCUAGACCAGUUUCUGGGACCUUAUCCAUAUGGUACACUCAAGAAAUGGAUCUCACUCACCAACUUCAUCAGUGAGGCCACCAUGGAGAAGCUGCAGCCUGAGAGCCGGCAGAUCUGCGCCUUCUCAGAUGUGCUGCCUGUGCUUUCCAUGAAGCACACCAAGGACAGGGUAGAGCAGAACCUACCCCUCUGCGGCACUGAGUGCAAAAGCUACCAAGAGGGCUUAGCCCGGCUGCCUGAGAUGAAGCCCAGGGCUGGGACAGAGAUCCGGUUCUCAGAGUUGCCCACUCAGAUGUUCCCAACAGGUGCCACACCGGCAGAGAUCACCAGGCACAGCAUGGACUUGAGCUAUGCCCUCGAGACUGUGCUCAGCAAGCAGUUCCCUGGCAACCCCCAGGAUGUACUUGGUGAACUCCAGUUUGCCUUUGUGUGCUUCCUGCUGGGCAAUGUAUAUGAGGCAUUUGAGCACUGGAAACGGCUCCUGAACCUCCUGUGUCGGUCUGAAACUGCCAUGGUGAAGCACCACACCCUGUAUGUCAGCCUCAUCUCCAUCCUGUACCACCAGCUUGGUGAGAUCCCUGCUGAUUUCUUUGUGGACAUUGUCUCCCAGGACAACUUCCUCACCAGUACCUUACAGGUGUUCUUCUCGUCUGCCUGCGGUAUAGCUGUGGAAGCCACCCUGAGGAAGAAAGCAGAGAAGUUCCAAGCCCACCUGACAAAGAAGUUCCGCUGGGACUUUACUUCAGAGCCAGAGGACUGUGCCCCAGUGGUGGUGGAGCUCCCUGAGGGCAUCGAGACGGCCUAACUGCAGACCCUCAAGCCAUGGGAGACCCCUUCCCUUAUGGCUAUAAUCCAACAUCUCCCCCAUUCAUCUGUCUUGGAACCCUCCAGUGCAGUGAUCCAGUCAGGUCUUGCAAAAAUGGAGCCAGAACCUGUGUUCACCAGUAAAUACAUUCCUUUGCUACAAAACUGGCCAUUUGUGCUUCCCUGUAGCCUGGCCCUGCCACCGAAUUUCAGAAAGGGGGGAAAAAAAAAAAGAGGUCGAGAUGAAGCCUGCCCCAGCAACAGUCUAAUUCCUUCUGACAACAAGAAAAUGAACAUUAAAUCCAUAAGAGCUGGCUGCUUAUUCCAUAGCUGCUUAAAAGUGGAAAGAAACCAGAUCCACCCUAGGGUCUGUGGUAUUAAGUCAGUGAGUUUUUCAAGUUAAAUGUAGGUUUGAAGUUGAAUGUGGUUUAUAUAGCAUUUCUGCCUGCUCCUGGUUGACUGGGAGAACACCUGCCAGAGCUCCGGCCACUGGCCUCUCAGGAGCCUAGCCUGGGGCAAGGAUGAUGGUGGCUUGAGUCUGGCAGGUGGCCAGCUUCAUCUCCCACACCUCCUUCUGGCACAAGCCGCAGCGGUUGAUGCCUGAGUCGGCUGCUGGCUGUGGGAUCUCCUGUCACUGUCAUCCUGAAGCCUCACAUUGAAGCAAGACGUGGAAGCCUCCCGUGUGUCCCCGUUUCUCACUAAGGCUACCAUGACUCUUCUGAUGACAUGGAAACCAACAACAAAAGGAGAGGUUCUUGCUCUGAGCCUGCUUCAUUGGCCCUGUUAAAGUCUGGGUCUUUUCUUCGGAGCCAUGGAGAUAGCUGGGUAGCUUAACUGUCCCCAGCCCUGCUGUGAGAUUCUCAUGAGUGCCUUCACGUUUCCAGUGUUAGGGAGUCUUGAAGGCACACCCGUUGUGCAGUGUGGGCAGAGUUCUGCCUCAAGAAGGGCUCCCAGGCCCUGCACCCUGACCUCAGGCUCUCUGCUGCACUUUGGAAUCCUCUUCUGAGGCUAGAGCUCACAGCAGGCCUCUGAGAGUCCUGCUGUUUAAGACUUUUGGUUCCUCUUGUUUCCUUGGAGAUGUUUUUCCAAGAGCACAAUGUACAUUAAAAGUCUUUGAGUUGGGACUAA